CUAUCGGAUUCUAGUUGUGUAUUGAGAUUAUACGUAUAUUGAUAAAUCGAUAUAUGUAGAGAUGUUCCUUUCCCAAGUAAUUGUCCUUAUGUUGGUCACUAGCGUCAUGGCUGAAGACGUUUGUCCAAAGAAAUGUUUCUGUAACAAACAAUUGACAUCGGUGAAUUGUGAAGGUCAUAAACUAUUAAGCGUUCCAGACAAGCUUCCGAAGUCAGUUGAGAAGCUAUAUAUGACACACAACAGUAUAAUACAUGUUAAUUUUUCUGCAAAUGUCAUCUUACCAAACCUUCGAUAUGUCUGGCUGGACAAUAAUAAAAUUGCAGGAUUGCAAGCUAACGCAUUUGAUGGUAGCAUUGUUCCUAAGCUUUCUAAGUUGUAUCUUAGGAACAAUAAGAUAUCUGUGAUAGAAAGCAGAACUUUUGUUAACAUGUCCUCAUUAACCCAGGUCUAUCUAAGCAACAAUGACAUUCAAAAAAUAGAACCAGAUGCCUUUGAAGACACUCCAUCAGUUCAGUUAAUAAACUUUGACAGUAAUUAUUUGUCCGAAAUUCCAAGACUUGGGAAAUUAAAAAGUCUUAAAAGUCUUUACAUACAGGCGAACCAAAUUUCUAAUCCAAAGUUUCCGGAUGAGUUUAUGGAUCUGAAGAAAAUUAACGACAUUGGCUUGAGUAACAACGCAAUAAGGAAACUUGGUGAUUUGACAUUUAGAAAUUUGCAAAAUUCAGAUGUAAGGAAACUGGAAGUAUCAAGGAGUAAAAUUGAUGAAAUAUCUACAGGUGCUUUUAAGUGGCUGAAGAAUAUAACAUCCCUUAAAUUAGGCUAUAAUCCUUUGACAAGUUCAGAUUUAGAGAUGGCAUUCCAUGGUCUUGUAGGAUCGAGUCUGGUGUCGUUGAAUAUAGAUAAUAUAACUCUUGGUGGAGUAUUACCCUCUUCUACUUUUCAGUUACUUCAGAAUACGUCAAUAACGACCCUUAGUAUGAAAAAUAACAAAAUGAGCAGUAUACCCCAAAAGGGAUUCGCAAAUUUAAAGAAAUUGAUCAGCUUAGAUCUCAGCGCUGCGAACAUUUUCAAAAUAGAUGACAGUGCUUUUGAAGGGCUGGAUGGAUUAACAAGGUUAUUCCUCAACGACAAUCAGCUAUCCCAGGUGCCUAACAAUCUUCCUCCAUCAUUACAAAAGUUAUAUUUAAAUGGCAACCAAAUCUCGGCGUUGAAAGACAAUACCUUUAUGAAGUUGUCAAAACUACAGUUACUAUACUUGGGAGGUAAUAAAAUUCACCAGCUUGAACAGAAUGCUUUCUAUGGUCUUACUAGCUUGAAAAAGAUACACCUUGUGGACAAUAAAAUACAUACCUUACCAGGAAGACUCUUCGAAUCUUUCGUUGUUUUAGAUUCACUCGAACUUAAUAAAAAUAAUAUAAACCAAAUUCCGAACGGUGACAGUCUUUUUGCAUCCAUGGCAUCUCUGCUGUAUCUGAACAUGGCCGACAAUGCCUUUUCAUCCUGUUCUUUUGGGCUUUUUAAUGUCCUUUCAUCGCUUAGAUAUUUACACCUUGAAAAUAAUCAACUUGGUGAGGUAAUUGCUAGAGACGUCAAUGGUCUUCUGUUUGCCGGAAUGGACAAACUUGUCUUAUUGAACUUGACCAACAAUCAAUUGACACAGCUUCCGGGUCCACUUUUCAAAGAUCUGACAGGUCUACAAAAACUAUCUAUGAGAUCGAACAAGAUAUCAUCAUGGGGAGACAACUUAUAUAAAAGAACUUUCAAACUAGAAAAUCUUGAUCUUUGUCAAAAUAUGAUUGCUCUGGUCAAUUCGUCAUCUGUUCGGAACUUUAAGAAAAUGAAGACUCUCGAUCUACGUCAGAACCCUUUUGCUUGCACGUGCAACUUGCGAUGGUUCCGUGAUUGGAUGAAUACAACAGAAAUAGCGAUUUUGCACAACGAUACGUAUCUCUGCAAUUCGCCUCCUGAAUGGCAUGGAAAGAAACUUCUUUCUUUUGACAGGAAUAAAAUUAAUUGUAAAUGGUUUACUAAACAAGAUAUUAUAUAUGCAUCAGUUGGCGCUUUCGCGUUUUUUGUUCUAGUUGGUUCUUCUGUGUACAAAAAACGCUGGUCUAUCAAAUUUCUAUGGUAUAAAAUUCAGAGAUAUGUGAGAAAGUCUGUUGGAAGCAAACCUGGCGGUUAUCAGAAACUGGAUGGAGAUGUUUAUACAUACGAUGUAUACAUUUCAAGUGCCAACGACAAUUAUCAGUGGGUUUUGAAAAAUAUCUUACCCGGAAUAGACAGUGGCCAUGGAGAUCAGGGUGAAUUCGGUGGUGAAUUUACACUUUAUUUCGAGGAACGAGACGCCGAAGUCGGAAAAGCUAUAGUCUAUAACAUCAUUGAGAAUAUGGAAGCAAGUCAGGCUGUGCUCAUUAUACUCACAAAAGAAUACAUCGCAAAAGAGCGAUACGAGUUAGAAAUCGUUACAGCAAUUGAAUUAUUACAUAAAGGAAAAAUUUCUGACAUUCUGAUUGUCAACGUUGAUGGACUCAAAGCUAACCAAGUUCCCAAGUUACUGCAGAGUAAGAUGGAGAGGCACGACUUCCUAACAUGGGAAGAUUCAGAACUGGCAAAAUUGACAUUUAAAGAACAAUUAGUUGAUCGAUUAAAAAGAAAGAGAAGCAUGAUGGAAAAAGUUAUAUGAUCCUUCUCAUACAUUAUGAAACUUGAUACGAGAAUAUUCAAGUUUGAUAUUAUUUUUCAAAAUUACACCUUAUUGGUGAAAAAUGACCGUCAAACGAUUGUGGAUAUCAAUUAAAUUAUUAUAAUGAAGAGUUUAAGGGUUUCAUAAUUUAUGAGAGUGAUUAUACAACUGUACAUCUUGCGUGCAGAUGAUUGACCUAAACUCAGUGUUUGGUGAAUCAAUAAUGCAAAUUCUCGAUGCGAAUCAAUGGCUGAGUCUUACGAUACUUUAAAUAUUCUUUGACAUAAAUGUUUCCUUUCUUUAAAUGAACGUAUUUUGCUAACAUAUCAUGUCGCUUGCUUCUAUAGGAAUAUACGCACCUUCUAAUUCACUACGGGUUAUUUUGUUGUUGUUGAUCAAUCAUCUAUGUCAUUGAUACAUAUAGAUAUGCAAUCUGGAUAUAAUGCAGACAAAGGUUGAAUAUCUGAUCAUAAUCGUAUGGUCAAAUCUUUGAGUGCCAUAAAACCGUAGUACGAGAUUUUCAAAAUUUUAAACUUUAUAGAUGACUACGAGCCUUAGAUUUGGUUAAGGGGCUCAGUUUUAUGUUCAGACAUCAGUGAAUGCAUAAUCGAACUUGUCAGUAAAUGUUUUUAUAAGAUAUUACACAGUGUUGAUAGUUUCUUUUUGUAAUGCUUAGGUAAACAUUUUACAGCUGAAUACUGCUUAUUUUAAUUUGUGCACCUUUUUUUUUAUAAUAACCAUAAUUUUUUUUAAUAUAAAUUUCACUAGUAAUUUUUCGGUAUUUUGUCAUAACAUACAAAAUCGUUUACAUCUGAUAGAAUUCUUAUGUACUUUAGUUGUUGUUUUUUUUUUUUUGGUAACAUAGUUGUGUAAUAAUGUAAAACUGACAGACAUAUGGGAAGGCAUAUACAUGUAUGCAACUAUUGUUUAUGCAUUGAUAAGAUGCAGGAUAUUUUCCAUGUCACAAUGUAAUGGCCUUUGAAUAGUGUGCGUAUAAACGGUUUAAGAAUUACAUUAUGCUAUUUGUUUUGAUGUAACAAACUUUAAAGUAUCGAACAUAUUAUUGCUCAUUGGUU